AUGAGCAGCGGGGACAUGGGAAUUACCAAAUCGGCUAAGGAAUGGAGCUAUCAGGAGGUACGGACAUGGUUGGAGGAGAACGGUUUCGCUCAGUACGCGGAGCUGAUCGCCGGCCGCCACAAGGUUGACGGUAAGGUGUUGUUGUGCCUGUCCGAGGAAGAUCUGAGGUGUCCGCCGUUAUCUAUCAACAUUCUUGGCGACAUCAAGCGUCUUUCUCAAGCCAUCGACUGCUUAAAAACCGACGACGACGCGAACAGCGGUUGUUACUGCGACUGUCGACACAUAUGCAGUGGACAAUGGUCACGAAACAUCGUCACUGCGCUGCCGCCGUCCGCCUCUUCGUCUGCGGAUCGUUCUGACAGUGUUUUCUACAACACCGAAGAGUUGAAACAGAACGUCAUAAUCCGACGCGUGGAAACCGAUGACAUUCGAUCUCACUGUAGUUGUGUGCUGAAAACGCUGGUGGCGGCCUUCUAUUUCAGCUGUUCGAUCCUUCUCACUUCGCUUGUCAUGGUAAUAGUUCACGAUAGAGUUCCCGACGCCAAGACAUACCCGCCGUUGCCUGACAUGCUGCUUGACAAUAUACCUCACAUUCCGUGGGCGUUCUACUCGUGUGAGAUCCUCGGAUGCUUCCUGGCAGCCAUCCUUUUCGUCAUUUUCUUCUUUCACAAGCAUAGACGAUUCUUUUCGCUUGCUGGUACGGUUUUUCUCUUGCGAUGCAUCACAAUGAUGAUCACUUCGCUUUCGGUGCCUGGUGUUCACUUAAAGUGUGCGGCAAGGAAAAACAGUAAUUGGUACGAAAAGUUGGACGACGCCUUCCACAUAUGGUAUGGAAUGGGAAUGUCAAUGUUUGGCGUGCGGUCGUGCGGCGAUUACAUGUUCAGCGGCCAUACGUCUGUUGUUACUUUGCUCAAUCAUUUCAUUACCGAAUACACACCUGAUACCUGGAACUACCUUCAUACGAUCUCUUGGGUCGGUAAUCUUUUCGCUAUAUUUUUCAUCUUGGCCGGUCAUGAGCACUACAGCAUAGACGUGUUCAUCGCAUUCUACAUCAGCUCUCGGCUGUUCCUCUACUAUCACUCAAUGGCGUACAACGCGAGGUUUGUCACGGCGGCCGAUGAUCGCCUCAAAAUCUGGUUUCCGCUCUUCUGGUUCCUGGAAAGCGGCAGUCCGUCUGGCCGCAUCCCGAACGAGUUCGAGUGGCCGUUGCCGUCGCUGUCGAGCAUUUGUGACCUGCUCAACGGCUCGUACUUUAUCGAAAAGUCAAAGACCGAAUUCAGUUUGUUGCAGUCAAGGUACCAUAUUCAGGUCGACAAGGUCCAUCGGUUCUUGUUUCACAGUAACAACACUGACUUUUCCAAAAAGAAACGCAGCCACAAAGCGAAAGCUCAGUGA